AUGUCGGACGGGCAUGGCCAAUCGCCGCCGACUUCGCCGGUCAACAAUCCUUUGCGCAGACUCGACGAGUAUGAUGCGGGCAAACAGAUCGAACUGGAGAAGACAACUGUAUCCCAAGAUACAUCUUCAACACCGUCGAGAUGUCCGAGCCCCCAGCGAGAUGGUGGGAAGACUAUGGUGUCUUUCGAAGAUGGCGACGUCGAGAAUCCCUACAACUUCAGCCAGAUCAAGAAGCUAUACAUUGUAAUCACAGCUAUUAUGCUGGUUAUGAACAGUACCAUCGGCAGUAGCGUUCCUUCUGGUUCAGCUGCGGCGACGCUGAAUCACUUUCAUAUCAACAACCGGGAAGAUCUAGUUCUACCAAACUCCAUUUACCUUGUUGGGUAUGUGUUAGGUCCGCUUGCCUUUUCGCCGCUGUCAGAGACGUAUGGCCGCAAGAUUGUCAUGAUAGCAACAUUCGCCAUCUUCACUGCGUUUACGCUCGGCUGCGCUUUAACUCCGACGUUCGCUGGGCUUAUUGUAAUGCGUUUUCUGGUCGGCAUUGGAGCAUCAACGCCUGUGUCCGUCGUCGGCGGUAUCUAUGCUGAUAUAUACAAUACGCGUAAGGCGCGAGGCCUUGUCAUUACUCUGUUCAUGGCAGCAACAACAUGGGGACCUUUGAUCGGCCCGAUAGCCUCUGGGUACACGGCACAUAUCUCGUGGCGCUGGUCCUACUGGAUCCUUCUCAUCAUCGCCGGAGCCACGUGGCCACUUUUGAUAUUCAUGCCAGAGACUUACGGACCAGUCAUCCUUAAGAGGAAAGCUCAGCGCAUGCGGAAAGCAACUGGAGAUGAAACCAUCGUAGCGCCUGUCGAGCUUGAAAAGGUUGACGUACGCGAGCUGAUCGUGGUGAUUCUAACCCGGCCGAUCCGGAUGUUCCUCUUUGAAGCGAUCGUUUUCUGCUCGUGUCUAUACCUCGCGGUUGCGUACGGAAUCUUCUUCAUGUACUUCCAGGCAUAUCCGAUCAUCUUCGAGGGAAUCUACGGUUUCAGCGCAGGAGAGGAGGGUCUUGCUUUUAUCCCUAUCGGAGUCGGUGCCGCGAUAGCAAGCAUUGUCUACUUGGCUUGGGAUGGCUACCUAGACAGGGCACAGUCACGGACGUCACCGCCUGCUUGGAGCCAGAUCGAAGAGUAUGUGCGGCUACCUCUUGCGUGUCUGGGAGGUCCGCUAUUCGUCGCCAGCCUGUUCUGGUUGGGCUGGACUGCAAAGCCCAGCAUCCAUUGGAUCGUGCCGACCAUGUCCGCGUUACCCUUCGGCCUCGGCUUUCUCCUGGUCUUCAUGGGACAGCUCAACUAUAUUGUCGAUGCCUACGAAGUUUUCGCCGCCAGUGCAACAGGCGCUGCCGCGUGCACGCGAGCGGUUUUCGGAGUGGUGCUACCUUUCGCUGCGGCGCCUAUGUACGAUCGACUCGGCGUUGCGUGGGCUUGCAGCACGCUGGCAUUCCUGAGUCUGCUGAUGAGUCUCAUACCGUUCGUCUUCAUAAGGUUCGGAGACCGCAUACGAGCCAACAGCAAGUUCUGCCAGGAGCUUAAGCGGAAGAAGGAAGCAAGUGAGGCUGAGACGGCGAGAAGGAGAGAAAGUCAGGCUGCUGUGAGGCAGCCAGUUGAAGAUCCUGAGAAGCAGGUCUGA